AUGUCAUCCUCCUCCAUUCAAGAGGACAUAAUCAUCCCAGCAUCCAUACCCCAAGAGCUCUCCCCAAUAGAUUCAAAAACAGAAGAAUUACUAAACCUAAUCCACACCUACGAAACUCUAGUCAAUGACAAAUAUAGAACAAAUUUCAUAGAAGGAUAUCUCAAUCUAAGUCGAGCCAAUUUUAGUUCUUCUGCUGGGUUCGAUAAACGAUAUGGAAUUGAUGGGAUUGAUUUACGACCAAAAGAUGCUUGUGUGGAGGUUGAACGCAAGUUGGGGAAGUUUUCGGUUGUGAAUAGAUUGGAAGAAAUGAAUAAGAAGAAGAAUGGUGGAGAAAAGGUGGAGUAUGAGAAAGAAAUAGAAGGGAAUGGAGAUGGCGAUGUCCGGAUUAAGAAACGAAAAGGGAAGGUAGAUGUGAAGGAGUCGGCCAAGGAAACGGUUGUGGAAAUUACGGAUGAUGCGAAGGAGAAGAAAACUUAUAUAGAUCCUAUAUUACAAUUUGGUGGAUUAGUGCCACAUCAAUUGAAAUUAUCACAGGAUCAUUUUAAGAACGCGAUAGAGGAUUCGAUUGAAGUAUUGAACUUACGGAAGCAAAUUGAUACACUUUUCGACGAGAUUGAGAAAUUAAAUGUGACUGACUAG